AUGUCAUGCACACAAUCAGCAUCGGCUCCACCACCGCCACCAUGUGCAUCAGGAUCAGCUCUAUCACCGCCACCGCCACCAGCAUCAAGAUUAGCUCCUCCUCCUCAACCGCGAUUACCAGCAGCUCCACCCCCACCUUCCCCCUCUUCGGGUGCCUUAUUUGGAUCUGUGAAUGCCUCAACAGCAAGGUAUACCAGGUACAUUGGUACUCCUAUGAGUGCUCCUAUGGCUAUGGCAUGUUUUUCUUCUAUGAAAGUUGCACCUGAAGUUCCGAAAUCAAAGGUUCAUUCCUUGGUCGAGCUUCAAACCUUUGAAGGAAAUUGGACUUGGGAACAAGAGCUUUUCAAUAUCCUUGGCUCUGAUAUGGAGGCUAUGCAUACCAAGAUUUCCAACAUGUUUCAGAAUGAUGGUAAGGUUUACUUGCUGAGCGAUCGGGAGAAUGAUAUGAUCGCUACUCUUCUUGCUAUGGGCUGGUUGACCCGUGACCAAAAUGAUUCCAAGGAUGUUUGGGAACUUGUCUUUGAAAAGGCUGAUUCGUGGGUGAAGAAUGAACUUGGAGAGAUGAAGAGUGAGUUGUUUAAUGACUACGGUACUGAUGUUUGGAUGUCUUUGCAAUGA